GAUUGUACGCACCAUUCACGCGCUGGUGGGAUGAAUAUUAAUGAGCCCCACAAGCUCUUAUACCGACUCCAUUUUACAGACGGUCUCAUUCUCCCACUCCCAGCAGCUCCGCCUGUUCACACCGAGUCGAGGACCGGAAAAAGAAACACACGCAAGAUGUCUGACGAAGGAAAGCUUUUCAUUGGUGGACUCAGCUAUGACACCACUGAGCAGUCCCUAGAGGAUGCUUUCUCUAAGUAUGGAACCAUUGCCAAAGUUGAUGUAAUCAGAGAUCGUGAGACAGACCGGUCCAGGGGCUUUGGCUUUGUCACAUUUGAAAAUCCCGAUGAUGCCAAGGAUGCGAUGGUUGCUAUGAAUGGAAAGUCUAUUGAUGGCCGAAUGAUUCGUGUGGAUGAAGCUGGUAAAUCUGGUGGCCGAUCUGGUGGGUUCAGAGGUUCUGGUGGCGGCAGAGGAUUUUUCAGAGGUGGCAGAGGAAGAGGUGGUGGAGGAUAUGGAGGAGACAGGGGCUAUGGGGGUGGUGACCGUGGGUAUGGAGGUGGUGAUAGAAGCUACGGCGGAGACCGUAGUUAUAGUGGAGGAGACCGGAGCUACAGCAGUGGUGACAGGAGCUAUGGUAGCGGUGGAGGUGGUGGCGGCUACUUCAACAGGAGUGGUGGUGGCUACUCCGGUGGUGGCGGUGGAUACAGAGACAACAGGAACCAGGGUGGUUAUGAACGUUCAGGAGGCUCCUACAGAGACAGCUAUGACAGUUAUGCUACGCACGAGUAAAAAAAAUCCUGAUUCCAAGAUCAUCCCUUCGCUGGCUGUAUUUAAAAGAUGUGCUCUUCGAAGAAUCUUUUGAUUUUCACAUUAAGUGUCUACUAUUCUCUUAAAACACAUUGAUAGCAUUUUGCAGUCCUUUUUUUAAUUUUUAUUUUUGUGUUCAAUCCUGCCUUCUCUUUUGAGAGGAGGACUUCUUUAUAUUUAAUUACUGUAAACAUUAAAAGCCAAUUUAAAGUAUAUGUACUGACAGUUGUCCCAUAAGGAGGAUAAUGGGUUUUAUUUCAUUUUUUUGUAAUUGUAAUGAAGCCUCACUGUUUUGAACCAUGUUUGAAAUCUCUGACCAGUUCAGCACAGCCUGAUAGCUUCUAAAGCCAAUUGAUGCAAAACUUUGGACCAACCUAGAGUGCAUGUAGCUUUGAAAAAGACCGGUGUCCUCAAAGCAGGUUCUUGCCUGGAAUUCUCUGCCUCUAAAAUUCAACCAUAAUCCCAUUCCCAAAAGAAGCUUGCCAAGCUGUGAUGUGCUCUUUGGGUGGCUUUCAUCCUUGGUGUUGCUGAAGUCCUGUAAACGUUCAGUGUCCAAAGAGUGAACUACUUUAAUGGGUGAUUGCUCACUUAGUGCACGAAAUUGAUCUGCUAGUGGUGACCCGAGGUACUUUACUCUUUGACGUUUGAAUGAAGUAAUACUUUUUGAUCGUAACUUAAAAUUUACACGUAAAACUCAGUCUCUUAAUGUCAAGAUUUUGUUCCUUCUGGGAAAUGUGCUCUGUUCUGUGUACCAACACCUGCUAUUUUUUUGUUCCUUUUUGUAAAAAAAUUUGGCUUCAUGAAGCCCAUUAAACAAGUUCCUGAAAA